AUGAUGCGUAAUCGGAUCUGCACGGUGUUUGUGGCUAUUGGUGUCUGGCUUCUGAUAGCCAAUGCAGACGCUGAGCCAUUCAACUUUACAACACCUUUACUUCUGGGUGGGCAAACUGAAGGUUCUCAUUCGAGUUACGUAAAAGCUUACGACAAGGAAAGCGAAGAGAGAUCUUUUCCUAAUCUUGCUGACAUUGUGCUGGCCGCAAAACUAACGCCUGCAGUGAAGGAUCGCAUUGAUCUUUGGCUUCGUAAAGUAACAACGCCAGUAAAAGUUUUGACAAAUUUGAAGCUUCAGAAUGAGCACCUUUUGAGCAACCCGGAAUUCGCUAAGUUUUUGGAGUACUUAAUGCGCUACAACCAAAAGUUUUCCUACCAUAAACCAGUACGAGUUUUGGAUUGCCUAAAAGCUAGCUUUCCGGAGGAAAUGUUGAAGAAAAUGAUGAGUCUCGAUAAUAUUAACAAGGAUACACACGCAUGGCGGAUGCUGGUGUCGGACCUGAAUGAUCGAGUUGAGCCCAAAGAAUUGUUUGUGAAAUUGGAGCUUCCUAUGGUGACGGGCAACCUUCUUGGCGAUGAGUUGUUCAAGUAUUGGCACAUGUACAUGAAACUCUAUAAUAUCGAGAAUUCCGGUCGUCAAACGACGGUCUUUCGUGUUGUGGAAGACACUUGCCCUGGUCGUAUGGACAAGAUAAUUUUGGAUGGUUUGUCUGAUCCUUCUACAAAACAAACAGCCGAAUUGCUGCGGCAACUGAAAGAAGGCGCACCACCUAAAAUAGCUCUUGAAAAAGUGUCUUCUGAGAUUGCGAAACAGCUUAUCCAAGGCAACCCGCUGUUGGGAGAAUGGGUCAAUUACGUUCAGCGUUUUAACGAACGGUACCCCAUCAGCAAAAUGACGCGCACAGAAGUCAUUGAGAAAUACUACAAGGACAAUGGUUUGGCAAGCGUUAUUGAAGCAGCAGAUUGGAAACGUGUUAAUCCACAGCGGAAAGAUCAACAAAAGUUUUUGGCUACAAUGACUAGCCCUGACACUGUCUUUACAAGCUGCAAUGGGACGAUUUAA